CCUUAAAUUCAGGCUCCUGCUCACAUGGGAAAUGCUCUCUGAGAGUCAUGGACAUCCUGUGCAAGGACAUGAAGCACCUGUGGUUCUUCCUCCUCCUGGUGGCAGCUCCCAGAUGGGUCCUGUCCCAGGUGCAGCUGCAGGAGUCGGGCCCAGGACUGGUGAAGCCUUCGGAGACCCUGUCCCUCACCUGCGCUGUCUCUGGUGGCUCUAUCAGCAGUAGUUACCACUACUGGAGCUGGAUCCGCCAGGCCCCAGGGAAGGGACUGGAGUGGAUUGGGUACAUCUCUUAUAGUGGUAGCACCAACUACAACCCCUCCCUCAAGAGUCGAGUCACCAUUACAACAGACACGUCCAAGAACCAGUUCUCCCUGAAGCUGAGCUCUGUGACCGCCGCGGACACGGCCGUGUAUUACUGUGCGUGCAACACAGUGAGGGGAGUUGAAUUCUUCCUCAAUUACCAAGGACUGAAGAGACUUUCAAUGAAAUUUGGCUGUCAAUGCCCCCAGCACCACAUCACUUUUUAA